AUGAAGCCUCGGGCGCCGCCGCCAAGCGACGUGGUUCAGACAUCUUUGGGUGCAGCUCGCCGUACUGGGAAACAAGCUCUGGGAACAAGGUUACGCGCGAUCAAACCUACUGUGGACAAAGAGGCAGAUCUGGGCGUCCGAGCGUUCGUUGUCUCUCAACGCCCAGCCGCAAUCUGGGGUAACGCACUCCGCCUAUGGACCACUCUGAGGGUUGCACAGCGUCCGCUAUGCGGUCGGGUCGUCGUCCGUGUAUGGCGGGCUGUCGCGCCUGAAGACAGUCCGUGGCACUCCGUGCGACGAGCUGAUCAUCCAAUUCUGGGCGUGAAAAGAAGGGCGCAAGACGAUAUCGGAGCGAGUGUAGCUAGCAUUCAAUCUAUUGUUCACACCAGAUCACUGCCGUGCAGCGCCAGGAUCAUGACUCGUAUCCCGCCAAGCUGCGUGCGUUCCAGCAUUCAGUCAAGUAUACUCAUGUUGCACCCGCCUGUAAGGUCCUCGCACGCAACAUCGAGGCCGUUAUUAUGUGCUCGGCAGCGAGCAGGUGAUGGCAAGCACGUAAUAUUGAGGUACCGACCGGAGUUGGACAAUGACUCCGGGGAACGUCUCUGUCACCGCCAGCCGUUCGUAGCCUUGUGGCGGCAACUUAUCUCCAGCCCGUACGUUCCGUCUCACACCUGUACACACGCAGGUGCAGGGGCUCAUCAGGAAAGUAUUGACAGGAGUUCAAUGUUGUCUAGUCAGAUAAGCGAGCUAAGAAAAGAGCACGACCACUGCUCACGUGUGACCCCCUUCAACCGCCAUGUCCCGUCACAGAUCUUUCAGGGCGAUCGUGAACCAAAUAGAACAGCACAGCCGUCCAGAAUCCCUCAAUAUUUUAGCCAUUCGUAUUCCAAGACCGUGGAGAGACCCUGCUUCACAUAG